AUGCAGUGGUCGCUCCCCUUCUAUCCGUAUCCGGCCUCCAAGGUCGGAUACUGGAGCCCUGUCACCUCCACGUUGAACUGGUGCGAAGAGGACUACUAUGCCACGGUGUACUCCGCCGAGAUCGUCAACACCCUGACCAACCUGCUGUUUAUGUGGCUUGGAAUCAAGGGCAUCAUCAGCUGCCGGCGCAAUCAACAUGACCAGAUUUUUUUGGUGGCUUUCUGUGGAUAUUUGGUUGUUGGAACCGGGAGUUUUCUGUUCCACUCCACCCUCAAAUACCCCAUGCAGCUGGUCGACGAGCUCUCGAUGAUCUAUACUACCUGUCUGAUGGCCUACGCCUCUUUCUCCUACUCUCGUCCUUCCGGCAUCCGUGUUGUCCUGGGCAUUUCCCUGGCUGCGCUGGCCAUCUUUAUCACUUUAUAUUAUCAUUAUCUUCAAGACCCUGUUUUCCACCAGAAUGCCUACGCGCUCCUGACCACCGUUGUUGUAUUGCGCAGCGUGCACACUAUGGAGGUGACUCUUCGCCCCCGGUGGCGCCAUUCCGACGAGGAAGACCGGAUUGAGCGUCAGAAGAAGGGCCUUCCGGUCCCCUCGAAGGAACGCCAGCACUAUGAGAAUGUACGCGACAUCAAGACUCUCAAGACGAUGUGGUUUAUGGUUGUGUACGGUCUGAGCAUGUUCCUGGGCGGGUUCUUCAUCUGGAACCUUGACAACCAAUUCUGCUCUGAGAUCCGCCAGUGGCGCAAGACCGUGGGCUUACCCUGGGGGAUUUUCCUGGAGGGACAUGGCUGGUGGCAUAUCAUGACCGGAAUCGGCGCAUACUUGUAUAUCAUAUGGGGCAUCUGGCUCCGCCACUGUCUGAACCAGCGCCAGGACGAGUACCAUCUGCGCUGGGCCCACUUCUGGCAUAUUCCCGAGGUCAUCCGCACAUCGCCCCCGCACGUGAACGGAGUGUCCAGAGACAAAAAGUCCACCUGA